CUCGAAAACACCUCUCUUACAAACCGUAGGUUACGGUCAUCUAUAUUAUCAAAAUGCAUUCUUCAUGAAUGCGCAUUCAAUUAGAGCCCACCCCGUACACACAUUUCGCAUCUUUUAUUUCAAAUUUCCUCCCGGAAUUUCCAUCCGGCGAUGUUCGAACGUGGGAAUAAAGCCGGGCAGCGCCGCGGGGCGCGCGAUUAUCCCGCUUCGAUUCCCGCUCGACGAUCGGGCGCCCGACCGAAAACCCGCUUGCGUCAGCAUCCCCCGGAUCCUGCUCUGCGACGGGACGCCGGGUAGCGGCCAGGCCCGUGCGCGCACGCCGAACCCGACGUUAUGGAGUAAUCCCGGUUCGCAGUGCUGUGAAAAUCGCCCGAAUAACGAGUAUGCCCUAAAAAUCGGUGCCGCCGCCACUUUCGCCCGCACGCAAUUACGCCCCGCGUACUUGGAGGACAUCGUCGGGACUGUCGGGCGUCCAGCGGGCAGUAAAUAGUUGGCGCGCAAUGUAGCGCGAUGCACGUGCAUUCCUUAUCGAUAAUGACGCGGAAUUUUUAUGCACACACGGUGGCAGGACCUAACGGCGAAAUCUUCAUCACCCAGAGAUCCGAAUACUGCGGACAAGUGCUAGCAUCGCUCGCCGUCUCCCUGGGACCUCUGGCAGCGGGCCUGGGCAAAGGCUACAGUUCACCAGCAAUAGCCUCGCUCCAACAGAGCGACGCCGCCGGCUUCCCAGUCAGCGGCCAGCAGGCUUCCUGGCUGGCCUCCUUAUCACUCCUGGGAGCGCUGUUCGGCGCUCCGGUCGGCGGCAUAGCGGUGCGCUGGGGAAGGAGGAAGACCCUCGUAUUCGCCGGCGUCCCGCUCACCUUCUGCUGGAUUCUAACUCUGUUCGCGGCCAACGUGGAGAUAAUGUGCUUCUCGGCGUUCAUCAGCGGCUUCCUGGUGGCCAUCGUGCAACUAAGCGCGCAGGUAUACGUGAGCGAAAUCGCCGCGCCUUCGGUGAGAGGCGGCUUGAGCGCUCUGCUGAAGAUCGCCGGGCACGUGGGGGUGCUGGUAUCGUUCAUCGGCGGCGCGUUUCUGAACUGGUGGCAACUGGCCGGGUGCAUAUCGCUGGUGCCGGCUUUCAUGUGCCUGUUGCUGAUCAACGUGCCGGAGAGCCCCGGCUGGCUGGUGCUGCGCGGCCAGGACGCCGAGGCCGAGAAGGCGCUGCGGUGGCUCCGCGGCGAAGCGGCCGAUUUGCAGCUGGAGCUGGCGCUCCUGCAGGCGCACGUGCUGUCGCGGCCGGCGCGCAAGGAUCCGGCCAAGCUCUUCCGCAGCUUGAAGAGCCCCGCUCUGAUAGCGUGCGGCCUGAUGUUUUUCCAGCGGUUCUCCGGCGCGAACGCCUUCUACUUCUACGCGGUGAGCGUGUUCAAGGAGACGUUCGGCCACACGAAUCCGCACAACGCCGCCGUCGCCGUGGCCGUGGUGCAGCUGCUGUCGUCGUUGCUCUCCGGGCUGCUGGUGGACUCGGCGGGGCGGUUGCCGCUGCUGGUAGCUUCUAGCGUUCUUAUGACUAUGGCCUUGGCCUCGUUUGGCUCUUUCGCGUAUUACGAAGAAAUUCACCCGAAAUCGAAUCCGAACUUGGAUUGGAUACCGUUGCUUUGCGUUUUGGUUUUCACCGUAGCCUUUUCCUUGGGAAUAAGUCCCAUUAGUUUGUUGUUGGUCAGCGAGCUGUUUUCGUUGGAGCACCGCGGUUUCGGGACGGCCCUGGCUACUGGUUUCAGUUAUUUCUGCGCCUUCGUGGGGGUGAAAACGUUCGUGGAUUUUCAGGAGUUGCUGGGACUGUACGGGGCUUUUUGGCUGUACGCUUUCAUAUCGAUAUGCGGAUUGUGUUUUAUUGUUUGCUGUGUACCGGAAACCAAAGGCAGGGAUCUGACGGAAAUCGAUACGGGCAGGUGAUCCAACGCCAUGAGACAGAUGCACAAAGUCUCUAUAAGCGUCGUUGAAAGAUAUUGCUAGCGUCUUUUACCAAUAACGUGACAACAAAUCAACGAUUUUAAUAACCUAUUUAAAAUUCUACUAAAGCUUACACGGCUUAUGAAGUCAUAUCUGACAUACAACCUUUCAUAUCAUUUGAGUAUAGUGUAUUGUCGUUUCGUUGGGUUUUUUAAAUAUCUCAGGAACAUUUUUAGGCUACGUAUUUGUUUCUACGGGAUUUAUAUUUGAAAUUACAAAUAAUUGCUCAAAUGUGUAGGUGUAAACCGUUAGGUAUAUAGCUAAUUCAAAAGGCUUUAUAAAUUUAAUUGGGUUUAAAAGUGAAGCUAAUGUACUUAGCCUAAUUGAAAUUUUACACAAUUAGGUAUCUACUCUAAUCGCCAAUCUAAUUUUAUUGUUAAGUUGAAAUCGAUUUUGGGUAAUAAUUUCUUAAACCAGCAAGUGAAUAAUACAGUAAAUUCCUUCCUUUCGUUCAUAUCGCUGUUAUUUUACAUUAUAAGUUA